CGUUAGAGACGCUGUUGCAGCAGGUGGAGGGUGUUGUAAUCCCCGGGCUUGCUGGUCGUUUCCUUCGAAAAGAACCUAAAAAAAGUUCACUUCCCAAACGCGAACGCCUCACUUUAGUGACAAUGGCUGAAAGCGACAACAAAAGCGCAAAUGUCUUAGCUCAGGAAACGGCCCAGCUGGAAGAGCAACUGCAGGGUUGGAGGGAAGUGAUCCUAGCCGGAGAUCGGGUCCUGCGCUGGGAGCAGCCCUGGUUCCCUGGAGCCCUGAUUGGUGCCUCCACUUUGAUCUUCCUGCUGAUUUACUACCUGGACCCCUCCGUGCUGACUGGAGUCUCCUGCACCGUCAUGCUAGUCUGCCUGGCUGAUUACUUUGUGCCCACCCUCGCUUUAAAAGUGUUUGGCUCCAAUAAGUGGACCACCGAGCAGCAGCAGCGUUUCCAUGAGAUCUGCAGUAACCUGGUGAAGACUGAGCGUCGGGUCGUCGGCUGGUGGAAGCGUCUCUGCUCUCUGAAAGAGGAGAAGCCUAAAGUGUACUUUGCCUCAGUGAUCAGCGGCCUGCUGGCAGUGGCCUGGAUCGGACAGCAGGUCCACAACCUGCUCCUCACCUACCUAAUCGUGAGCUUUCUUUUGCUGCUGCCGGGUCUGAACAGGCACGGCGUCAUCUCCAAGUACACAGCCAUGGCCAAGAGAGAGAUCAACAAGCUGCUCAAGCAAAAGGAGAAGAAGAACGAGUAGAGGAAGUAAGCAAGAGAGAGGAGUGAAGGAGAGAGCAAAGUUUGUCGAAAGGAAAGCAACAGAAAACCAGAAGUUUGUCUCUGAGCAGAAAGCACUUUUUGUUUUCACACAUUGGAUAAGUUUUAUUUCUUCACACCUCCCACCAUGUGACAUUUAAAGCUCAUCCCCUCUUCACCAGGCACCACAUGACUUUAAUCAAUUGUGAAAAACCUUUGUUUCACAGCUCAGCCAUGUUUUGUUUUACGCUGUCAGCAAUGCUUUAAGCCAUUCCCUCGGAUUAGAUGGUGACUACUGAGCAGUUCAAGCAUUGCUGCCUAUUUUAACCUGUUUAUUCACAGUAAUUCUUUCUUUCUAUCUGGGUUAGUUUAGCAGAAUAUGGAUGUUUUAUGUUUGCUUAUUGUUGCUUUUGUUGUAUUUGAACACAAUGCUGAAAACUAACUGGAUUUAAAGCUGAGCUAAUCAGGUGUUAAACUGCCUGAAGAUGGAGCUGCUGCUGUCUCUGCUGGCUGAAAACGGCUCCGCUGAUGGGGGGGGGGGGAUCUCUGUGUGUAAGGCUGUCCUCUGUCCUGUCAUACUUUUUAUUUAUGUCUUUGAUCUCCUUUCUGGUCUUAUUUCAUCGUCUUCUUAAGAGAUCCCAGCAAUGAAUAAAGUUUGAUUUUAAA